GGGUCAAAGGCUGAUCGCAUUUCCCCGUCAGUGAUCUUUUUUAAGAGCCGAGGACGAAGAUCUGAGACCGAAGAAAGAAGCAGUGGCUGUGACGCAAAACAGAUACUUCUCCCCACAAAUCUUAGCUACGGUCUUGGAUCCGUCGGAGUUUUUCCGACAAUGGAGGUGUUCUACUACAUGGUGUUCGGAGCUCUUGGCGUGUUUGUCGCCGCCAUGGAGCUCAGCAAGAACAAUAAGGAUCGGAUCAACACUUCUUCUGCUUUCAAUUCCUUCAAGAACAAUUACCUCCUCGUUUAUUCGCUCAUGAUGGCGGGAGACUGGUUGCAAGGUCCAUAUGUGUAUUACCUUUACAGUACUUACGGAUUUGGAAAAGGGGAGAUCGGACAGCUUUUCAUUGCUGGUUUUGGUUCCUCCAUGUUAUUCGGUACAAUCGUUGGAUCUCUGGCCGACAAACAGGGUCGUAAGAGAGCAUGUAUUACGUAUUGCAUUACGUACAUACUGAGCUGUAUCACCAAGCAUUCUCCUGAAUACAAAGUUCUGAUGAUAGGGCGUGUUUUGGGAGGCAUUGCCACUUCGCUUCUGUUUUCAGCCUUUGAAUCAUGGCUUGUUGCCGAGCACUUUAAGAGGGGUUUUGAUCAGCAAUGGCUAUCAUUGACUUUCUCAAAGGCGAUAUUUCUUGGAAAUGGUCUCGUUGCUAUCAUCGCUGGACUAUUCGGGAAUCUGCUCGUUGAUUCCUUUUCACUUGGCCCUGUGGCACCGUUUGAUGCUGCUGCAUGCUUCCUUGCCAUUGGAAUGGCUAUCAUUCUAUCAUCAUGGACAGAAAAUUAUGGCGAUCCUUCAGAAAACAAGGACUUGCUUACCCAGUUCAAGGGUGCUGCCAUGGCCAUUGCUUCUGAUGAAAAGAUUGCUCUUUUGGGUGCCAUCCAGUCACUUUUUGAAGGAUCCAUGUAUACAUUUGUAUUCCUAUGGACUCCUGCUCUUAGCCCAAACGACGAGGAGAUCCCCCAUGGAUUCAUUUUCGCGACAUUUAUGUUGGCUUCGAUGCUCGGAAGUUCCCUCGCGUCUCGCUUGUUGGCACGUUCAUCUCCCAAAGCGGAAAGCUACAUGCAGAUCGUCUUUGUUGUUUCCGCUGCCUCGCUCUUGCUCCCAAUAAUAAUGACUUUCUUUGUAGAGCCUUCAAAGGUGAAAAGAGGAGGAAUCUCUUUUUCCGGAUGCAUCCAGCUUCUAGGGUUCUGUAUAUUUGAGGCAUGUGUUGGAAUAUUCUGGCCAUCAAUCAUGAAGAUGAGAUCCCAAUACAUCCCGGAGGAAGCCAGAAGCACCAUCAUGAACUUCUUCCGCAUCCCCUUGAAUAUAUUUGUCUGCGUUGUUCUGUACAAUGUGAAUGCAUUCCCUAUCACCGUCAUGUUCGGAAUGUGCUCCAUCUUCCUCUUUGUUGCAUCUAUCCUUCAAAGGCGACUCAUGGUGUUAGCCGACAAACCAAAAUCUGGUGACUGGACACAGCUCAAGGAAAGGGACGCAGAAGAUGAGCCAUUGAACAUUUGAUGAAACACCAAAACGCAAACGCAAACGCCAUUUGAUUCCAUAUCACUUUGAUUUUUAAAGUUCAUUUUGAAGAUAAACGCUCUUGGAUGAUGCAGUAAGAGGGAAUCUAGGAGUUGAAGGUGAAAUGGUAAAGAGGCUCACACAAAAAAAAAAACAGAAAGGAUCAUAGGCGGCGGUGUUAGCGAAGCAGUAGUUUAUUUUAUGCAUACAUAUAUAUAUAUAUAGUUUUAAUGUUAUUGGCUAUUAUUGUGUGAAGUAGAUUCAAAGAACAUCGAAGCAUUACUACUCCAAAUCACAGAUGUUAUUCUUUGUCCUGAAAGCGAAGUUCUUUGUUCUGUCCUUUA